AGCAGAAAUAGCUUGCAAUAAAUUGUUUUCAAGCAGUAUUCUCUUUUUACUUCAUGAUACACUCGGAGGCUGCAAUGGACUGGAAGUUCUUGCUGUUUAUAGCAGUAGUGGCUACAUAAGAAGCCGCCAAGCCAUGCACCAACCUACACCCCGGGAUGUCUAAAAUAGUCAGGGGUGUUGACAUCACGAAACUUGACCUUUUACCUCUGCAAGUUGUGGGCAAUGAUGGGAUCUUGAGUCCAGUUUUUCCACUGACGUGUGACCAGGGCAAGCAGUGGAAGAAUCCAGCAGGCAAAGUGUACGAAAUGCCUGACCAGAUCUGGCAUAUUACUUCAGGUCCGGGUGGAUGGCUAUCUUCAGAGGUUGACACCUACACGUCCUACAACGAAGUCAGGAAGUCCAUGAGUGCCAAUGUUGGUUUAGAAGCAAACGCUGGAAAAUUUGCAUUCUCUGCCAGUUUUUCCUACAAGAAGAUGCAGAGCUCAAUCACAAACAGUUCAAGGUACUUGUCCGAUGUUACAGCAUUUGCAGGAGCAACCAGAGUUGACGUGAUACCAUCUAAAAACCUGGAGCUGGAUAACUUUGCCAAGAUUUACAUUGACAAAUCACUGACAGGGACUUUUGAAACAAACCAAGCUGCUUACAAUAAGUUCAUUGCUGCUUACGGUACUCACUACUUUUACACAGCUAACUUCGGUGGUUUCGUUAGAAUGCUAUUUGAGACAACCAAAGAAUACUUUAUGGCCAGAUCUGAAGAACAGAUUGAGGCUAGUGCCAAAGCAAGUUACAUGAUGUUAGCUGUGAAUGCCGGAGGCUCCUCUGGAAGUUCAUACGUGGACGAAAUGUUUCGAUCGAACUCUAAGACAACCAUCAAGUACUAUGGAGGUGACACGAACCUCCUAAACAGCCAAGAUGGUUUCUCAAAAUGGCAACCCACUGUGGAAAAAGACCCAUGGCUUUUCUCUGGCAAAUUGAAGCCCAUCAGCGACUUAAUCUAAGACCCAACAAAGAAGGCGUCCAUGGUAAGAGCUGUUAAAAACCAUUUAAUCAGAAGUUAUCUAGAAGAAAUGGAAUCUCUUAUCAAUGCAGCGAGAGCAAGGUCUGAUAAUGCUAUAAUUAACUCAUUCUUGAGCCGACUCAGAAAUUUAAAGAACAGCAAAACCAUUAGCGAAAGUGCCAUUGAUGCCUUGACUAAGGAUCUUGAAGAAUACGUGUCUGUCCCUCAAUGGUUUGUGGACAACAUCAAGAUAUGUUUGCACUGGUGGGGAACCUUCGACUGGUAUCAGUGUGGCGGGGGAGGCGUCACUCCUCAAGACCUGUGUGCUAACGUCAACCAGAUGACCCGCUGGUACCAGGACUGG